UAAGCUUCCUUCACUGGUCACUUCUUCAAAUUUACUUACCUUUUUUGUACUGCAAUUUACAGCUCUCUCUCUCUCUCUCUCUCUCCCCCCUGCGUUCUCUCUGUAACUGUAAGCUUUCAGAUUUUUAAGAUAUCCCUCGAGUCAACUCGCUGUGUCUUUGGAUCUGAGCUAAAAGAGCUUUGAUUUUCCACUGAAAUUUCAUCGUGUACCUAGUUAUCUGUGGAUAAUUCUAUGGUGGAGUGAAGGAAAACAACAUGCCUUGGUUGAGUAAAUCAGUUGAUGCGUUUCGCAAUGUUGUACUAUUGAAUUUGUAUUGCAGGGUUAUUCUGUAAACUAUUACUCAAACUGAAGGCUGAAACUCAUUCUUCAGACUCUUGGCAUGUCAUUCUUCUCCAGAAUGUUCAUGAGAUCCAGUUGCUUUCAUCUUUUAUUGUGAUUUUUUACUAUUAGCUUCAAAUUGAAGCUACUUUUGUUAGUCUCUGUGUUUGAUCCUAAGUUAUAUGAGGUUUCUGCUUCAUCCUCAUCUUGUUUCACUGAAUUUCCUAUCCAUAUAUCAUCUUUAUUAAGAAUUUCUUUUCUCCUAGUUUUAUCAUUAGGCAAUUGUCUUGUAUUGUUACGUAUAUCUGGAUAGAUUGAGUUUUGAGUGGUCAAAAGAAGUUAUGGUGUGCCAAGCAGCAAGCCAAACAAGAUUUCGGGCGUUAAAGUAUGAGAAUGGAAUUGCUGGAAAACCGAUAAUUGUAGUUAGAGUCAUCGCAUGCUAUCAACCAUUGCAGGAUUGCCAGGCCGAGUACUUCCGCCACUUGCUUAAACCUGUCACGUAGAUAUAUUAUAAAGUUCUGUUAUAGUAUCAAGCUGGAAAUUUGUAGUUUCUCCCUUUUUUCUUCCAUCAUUCCAGAAAGAAGCAGCAAACCAAUUCAAUAUUGCAUAUUGAAGUGGAAGUCUUGGUAAUAAUUUUGGUUAUAUGGUUAAAGGCAACCUGCUCCCACCUGAUUAUACUUCGCAAUUGCCAAUUUUCAAUUGCAUGAGCACCUCAGUUGAGCCAGUGCAACCAGGAUGUUUGCCAGCAUUUGUGAACUCUGGCUUGUACACAUUUUCUGCAAACACGAUGACGUCAGGGAUGGGAGUUCCAUACAUCCCAGGUUUGAAUACUCAACAAAGCAAUGGAGCCCAAGGGUUUUCUCAACGUGUGCGCCCUGUCUUCCAGAAUUUGCUUCCUGCUGUGAACCCAUAUCUCAAAGAAAAGUUAUCUGCUUUCGGUGGGGAGGUUGCACCAAAUGGAAUCCCUGGAUGCCAGCGGAGAUUUUUUAUUUUUGAUCAGUCUGGAAAUGAAACAAGGUUAAGACAUAGUUCGUAUUUUCCUAUUGAUGGGAAACCAACUAUAGCAGCUAGGAAACGCAUUGGUGAUUCUUAUUUGCACUAUGAAGAUCAUGCAGCUAAAGUGAACCAAAUCAAUGAAACUGUGCUGAAGGAAGUAUCAGAUGAGAAUCACUUAAGUGGUGAAGAAAGUGAGAUGCAUGAAGACACUGAAGAAAUCAAUGCCUUACUUUACUCAGAUGAUGAUGAUGAUUAUGAUGAUAAUGAUAGUGGUGGUGAUGAUGAAGUGAUAAGCACUGGUCACUCUCCCAUUAAGAUUAGAAGUUGUGAGACGCGAGGACAAGUAGAUGAAAUAACAGAAGAAGUCCCCAGUUCUGAUGCCCAAAGCAAAAGGCGGAAAUUGCUUGAUGGUGGGUACAAAUGCACAUUACUGGCGGACACUGCUGGUACGACAAAAGUGACGGGUGUUCAUGUGUGUGAUGAUGAUGAUGAAUCAAGCUAUGCUAUUGGACAAAACCGAGAAGAAGAAAGGCAUGCCAUCCGGGGCAGCAAGCAGUUAAAGAAGGAUAAGGUUCAUGCAACAUUGAAAAUUCUGGAGAGCAUAAUCCCUGGUGCAAAGUACAAGGACCCAUUGGUGGUACUUGAUUUAGCUAUAAAUUAUUUGGAAUCUUUGAAGUUCAAAGCCUUUUCUCGGAGUUAACUAAUGUUAAGUUUCAUUUCCUCCAACUUUCGUAGUAUGAAGUUGGCUAGUGGUGGAAGGAAGAAUGAAGAAGGAUAACAAUCCAAGACUUCUUUCCUUGAAUGAUUGAUGAGUUUGAAAUAGUAGCUUUUCUGAUGUGGGGUACUCUUUAGACUUCUUCCUCAGGAGCUGUAUAUAAUGUGCCAAUAAAAGGAGAGUAGUGGGAAGAUUUAGCAAUUUGCUUGCAGGGUGAAAGUAAAAGAGUUUAUCUUUUAACUUUGUUAUAAACUAUGGAUUAACAAAAGUCUUAAUGAUUUGAAAGUCCAGGUGAUGCAAGUGGUGAAUGAGAAUUUUUUUCCCCUACAAGUGUUGAGAAGCCCUAUGGAUUUAGUGCAUGCGCGUUAGGUAAUUCUGGUCCCACUCUCCACCAUUCAUUUUCUUUGAUUUAUUGCUUGUUGUCUCCCUCUCUUUACCCUCAGACAAAUCAUGCUGAUAUUAACCUCUAUUAAAAUACAAAAAAAGUUUCAAAUGUAUGGGAGUACUGUAGAGAAGCGUGGCAUCUCGCCAUGAAUUGUUGGGGGUCCACUCUUUUGAUCAAUUAGCUACUUGUGUGUAUCCACACGUGAGUCUGGGUGGUGGCUAUGUUUCUUAUACAGUAUAUUCAGACAUGAACCCAUGAUUAUCCAGUGAAGCCUUUGAUAUCCAAGAUGGGAUUUGUCAGCUUUGUGUGCUCAUCAUGUGUUGGGAUUGUGAAUUUGGUGUUUCAGUAGUAGAGUGUGGAAGUGAUUGAAUUGAAUGUAAUUUAUGUUUGCUGUUUUUUCCUUUGUUCAUCCUGUUGUCCUAUGUAGGAUGAUUGUAUGUGUCUGUACACUCUGUAUUGAAAAAGAGAAGAUGAUUUGUUGUGAUUUUAUUAAUGUGGAGAUGUUUUCUUGUGACUGUGAUGAGUAAAUGUGGGGGCUAGAGGAUCCUGAGCUGAUUUCUUUUGCA